AUGCCUAGACAUAGUACCCCUAGAAGCUCUGUGCUUCCUAGAGACAGCAUACCUACAGAUAGUCCCAACAACCCUUUUGGACCUACUAGGUACUCCAUUGAGCAAUCCUCUCCUGAGGAGCUAGUGAUUCCCCAACCUAUCCAACCCUAUGAAUCACCCAUCAAGCCACAUGCUUCCAUGCCAGCCUUGGAAGACCCUCAAGCAGGACCUAGUAGCUCAAGAAGGAUAUCACCUCACUCUCAUAAGUCAUCAUCCAGACACUCUCCAAGAUUGUCUCCUUUGGAAUAUGAAGCUAUUCAGGAAGCAAACAAGCUAGCUAAGCCAAGUUCUUCUAUAAGGAAGCCUUCACCUUUUGGCCAUAAGACUAGCCCAGCUACCUUCCAGAGGAUGAUACCUGUAUUUGGACUUCCUGAUAUAGAGAUGUUGGAACCUUCCUCUAGUAAAACUCAGCCCUCUGAGCCUAUGAACUCUCAUGAGCUUAAGAGAUCUAAAGGAAAGACUUCUGAAGCCCACAUAUCUAAGCAUAGGGAAACUCAAGCUGCCUUACUGGAUCCUAAUGAUAGGUCUUUUACUAAUGACCCAGCUAUCCAGAAGUACCUACCCUAUUCUCCCUCCACUACCUUAUACCCUUUAAAUGAAGAAUCUCCAGGAGAAUUCAACUAUCAGCCUGACUGUACCCAAAUGACCUCUUGGUGCAGGAAGAACCCUCAAGCUAAUAGUUUUAGGAAAGUCUACAGGCAGCUAGGAAGAGUAUUCUAUCAUGUGGAGAUACCUCCAGCCCAUGAGAAUCGCUACCCCUCACCUUCUUGUGAGCAAUGGGCUUCUCACUACUUCAAACUACUAGAUACUGUAGUAACCUUUAGACCUACAUGUUGCAUUACUACCAAGUUAGUUCCUGCUCAAGAAAUCAACCAUUGGCCUGAAUAUGGUAAGUUACACAUAGACCUGAAUAAACUAAUCAAGAGAACUGUUCAUAGCGUCUAUGACAUGGAGGAGCUAUUGCCCAUUCCUGAAUGGCCAGAACAUGACUGUUUAUUCACCUCUCAUUCCUUUGAGGUAGCUGCUGUCACUUAUAGGGAUCAGAUGGAGCGUUUCAUUCAAAAGCUAUAUGAGAUCCUUGGUAGACAACUUCAGACUGGACCACCUUCCCCAGUCAUCUCUGCAGGACAUCUCAGUGAGGUAGAACCUGGACAAGAACACCUUAGGGAUAGGACCCUACAACUCAAGCAAGAUAUGACCCUUUUAGUGCCCAAAAGUUCUAGAGCCUCUUCUGUCACUCCACAGGAGGCGGCUCAAGAAAACUUACUAAGGAGUCUUAUCAAACCCACUAGUCAAGUUACUAUUGCUAGUCCUUUACUUCCAGAUCCUCAAGUUUCUCCUCCAACUGUAACCCUGCACACCUCCAGUAGCACUCCUCCAGGACAACCUCCUAGUAGUCUUCAUUCAUCCAAAGCCUCUCUCACUGUUACUAUGCAACCUAGGUAUUUAGGACCUGAUAAUGGAACCACACUUAUUCCCUCAGAACCUUUACCAUCACCUCCUAGCUCUAUUGCUACUUCUUCCUCUAGAUUUAUACCCUUAGGAAGAAUACCAGAAGAGUCACCCCAUGUAACAUUACAAGUCCCACCUACCUUAGAAAGGACUGAGAGACUUAGGAGAGAAGCUGCUAGAUCUCUAGGACCUAGACCACCUACUCCUAGACCCACUAUAGUCCCUUCCACUAGUUCAGAAGAAACCUUACCAUCAUCACCUAGAGGUAAUGCAAGUGUUCCUAUGGCACAACCUUCAGCUAUACCUCCUUUCAAUAUACAAGCCCUUGAAGACUACAUCAACAAUCUUUCAGAUGGAAGUAUAGAUGGCUUAAGUUCUUCUGAAUCAUCAACUGGAAGAGACCAAGUAGCCCCAGAACUAAUAGCCCCAGCUACUCCUGCUGAUUCUAUUACUUCUGUCUCAAGUGCUGCUACUCAUACUAUGCAAAUUCCAGUAGCACAGUCUACUCCCAGGAUUAGGAGCCAAGUAGAAGAGGAUAAUGUUAGAAAUAUACCUUAUAAUCCACCUUUAAGCAACGCUGCUAGAAGAGUUAGCCUUGCAGGCCCAAGUAUUCCUCUUAGAGAUCCACCUCCACAUGCUGACUUUAUUAAUCGCAGAUCUUCCUUGGGAGCAAAUCGGCGAUCCUCAGGAAGACCAGCUAUACCAGCUGAAUCCUUUACCAGAGUAUCUACAAUCCCAGAAGAGCGCUCCUCUAGACUAGCUGAAAGUGCCCACAGGAGACCUACCUCCUCUCCUGAAUCAAGAAGAACUCCUCUAAGUAUCCAUACCAAUUUACCUUACUUACAGGAGCAGCCAGCACCAGUUACUAGAGAAGAAGCUAAUAUGACACCACCCAUUGAUAGGACUAGGUUACCUCCUCAUAUUGUAGGACGUAUGGUCUCCUCUAGAAGGUUUAGUGAGCUGUUUAAUGAUCCACCUCCUAGGGAUCAACUUAGAGAUAGACUAGCUCCCUUAGCUGAAGGAGGAGGAGGAAAUGACCCACCAUAUGAUAGCAAUGAGGGAGAUUUUGAUAACUCUGGUAAAAGAAGGAACAACCCACCUAGAAGGAAUGGAGGAGGACCUCCCAACGACCCAGAAGAUCCAGGAAAUGAACCAUAUGCUCAAGCAAAUGCAGCUAGAGCUAGACCUUUCAAUCCAGCUCCUGUACAUUUUGAUACUAAGCUGAAACCUGACAUAAUCCCAGAGUGGGAUGGAGACACUAAGAAGCUGUCGCGCUGGAUGACAUCCAUCAACAACAUAGCUGAGUAUAGUAGCUACACUAGAAUUCAGCUUGGACAGCAGAUUCCUCUCAGGUUCACAGGAAGAGCUCUUAGAUGGUUCAAUGCAUUAGAUAAGGACUAUAGGCGAAUUAUAACUGAAGAUUGGCCAGCACUUAGGCAAGCUAUCACUAUCCACUUCAUGAAUAGGACCUUCCUGAACAGAAGCAAGAAUGAAGCCAUGCGCAUCAGGUUCAGGGAUAAAGAUCAUUCAGAAGAGACCCCAGAAGACUAUGUCAUCAGGAAGAUGGAAGCCCUCACUAUUGUCAGUGACUGGACUGACUCUGAAUUAAUCUUUGAAAUCAUGAAUGGUGCUCCUAAGUCCUGGACCACGCAUAUAGACACCUCAAGAAUAGUCACUUGGGAAGACUUCCUUGACAAGAUUGCAUGGCAUGAGGAGGACCUUUUGGGAAAAGAUUCUUCUCAUAACUCUGACAUACAGCGUCAACUACACCAGAUGCAAUCUACUCUCAAGAGACUAGAAGGAAACAGGCACUCUAGGCCAAGUGCGCGCUCACACUUAGCAGGAUCUAAACCAGUAGGAUGGCAUCAAAAUAAUCCUCCACCAAAAUACCCUAAGGAUGACUCUACAGUAUCUAAAGGUAAAACUCCUAAAGACAAGAAAGCUAGACCUUGUAGACACUGUGGAAGUAUGAUGCACUGGGAUAGAGACUGUAAGCAUGCCAAGAAGAACUCCAGAUUUGUGCGAUCACAUAUGGCACAAGCAGAUGAUGAUGAAUGGGAAGCACAGGAAGCUUAUGAAGAUCUCUGUGAUGAAGCCUACCUUGAUGAAACAGAAUAUGACACUGAAGGAGAAGAGUCUGUUUCUGAGGAAGAGCAGGAUUUUCAUAAGCCCCUUCAGUCAUUAGCUGUCUCUACCUCCAGCGCUAAGCCCAGCUCUGGAUCCCAGGAGGAACAGCAUGGUCUGGAGGGGACCACUGUCAGCCAGGGCACUAACUCUGCUGACCAGGGCAGUAAGGAAUCUGAUUCAUCUGUAUUUUCUGGAUAUGUACAACCCAAGCUCCCCACUAGGAAGAGCCUUAAUAAGAAACUGAAAAUGGCUAGUAGUCAUACAGCUACUGCCAAGAAUGGAGAAGAAAUCACUCUCAAGCGAUUAAUGUCAAGACCACCAGGAACUGCCUUCUUUGGAUCCAAAGCCACCAUCAUCAAAGGAUGGCUUCAGACAAGUAAUGGACCUAAGAAGCGCAUCACCUUUGACUCAGGAUCAGAGAUCACUCUCAUUAAUGAGUCAAUACUUAAAACUCUAGAUCCAUCACCUAGAGUGCGCAUUGGACAAAAACUCAAGUUAAUUCAAGUUACUGGGAAUAGUAGCCUAUCACAGUAUAUUUCCCUUCCUAUCAUCUUUGAUACUGAACAAGGAUUAGUUAAAAUGAUUGUAGAAGCCUAUAUAGUUCCUAACAUGAACACACCCUUUAUCCUAGGAACAGACUUUGCGUCUCAGUAUCAACUGUCAUUAGUUAGGAAUGGAGAAGGAACAAGGAUAGUUUUUGGGGAUACAGGACGUUCUAUUCCUGUGGAAGAAUCAGAUUCCAGCCCAAGAAUUGAUCAACAAGGUAAUACCUUUAUGGUUGAAGUUGCGCAAGGAUUCAUCAAGAAUUCUGAGAAAAUCAAGAUCUCUAAGAAAGCCUACAAGAAGCGACUCCAACAUAGGAAAUUACCUCCCAAUACUGUUAAAGUAAAAGUCUAUGAGACAGUUACUAUCCCAGCGCAUACCAUCAAGCUCAUCAAAGUCAAGACAAUAUGGAAGGAAGGUCAAGCCUCUGGUUUUAUGGACAGAUCUUUCAAUUCCCAUCGACAAGAAGAACAUCUGUUUGCAAUAACAGACUGCCUGAUAGAUAGGAACAAUCCUAAAAUUCAGGUUUCUAACCUAUCAGAACAUCCUUUAAGAUUGCAAGGAGGAGAGAUUCUUGGAUAUAUGCAUGAUCCCAAUGAAUACCUUGCAAAGGAAAAGGACAUGACUAAGGAAGAAAAAGACAGCAUUAUCAAGUAUGCUACCUUAGUACAAGCCAUGGUGCAGAGGAAAGCUGAAGAAAAGCCUACUGUGCAAGAAGAGGAAUUAAUGAAGUUGCCUGAAGGAGGACCUAAGACUGCUGAAGUACCUGACCCAGAACCUGUCCCUUCAGAUAGAUUUCUUCAAGAAGUUAAUUUCUCAGAACAUCUCACCCCUAAUCAAAGGGCUAAACUAGAAAAAGUUUUGCGCAAGCAUGAGUUAGCCUUUGGAUUAGAUGGUAGACUUGGUACUCAUAACACUCAACUGGAAAUUAGACUAAGGCCAGGAACUAAAGAAAUAUCUCUAACCCCUUACCAUGCUUCUCCAGCUAAAAGAGAAGUCAUUGACAAGCAGAUUGAGGAAUGGCUUAAACUUGGAGUCAUUGAGCCAUCCAAGAGUGCUUGGGGAUUUCCUGUUAUAGUAGUCUAUUGCAACAGUAAACCCAGACUAUGUGUGGAUUACAGACGUCUCAAUGAAGUAGCUGUACCAGAUGAGUAUCCCUUACCAAAACAAACUGACAUCUUGCAUGCCUUGGAAGGAGCUCAAUGGCUUACUACCUUAGAUGCGCUAGCUGGUUUCACUCAGCUAACCAUUAAGGAAGAAGACAGAGAGAAACUUGCUUUCAGAUGUCACAACGGCCAUUGGCAACCUACCAAACUACUCUUUGGAUAUAGGAAUGGACCAGCAGAGUUCCAGCAUGUCAUGAAUAGGAUACUUUCAAGAUUUCUAUGGCAAUUUGCCCUAGUAUAUAUUGAUGACAUAGUGAUCUAUAGUGUUGAGUUUGAAGACCAUUGCAAUCACUUAGAUCAAGUCUUAGGAGCUAUUGAAGAAGCUGAAAUCACCCUAUCUCCAAAGAAAUGUCACAUUGGAUACCAAUCACUACUAUUGCUAGGACAGAAGGUAUCAAGAUUAGGUCUAUCAACCCAUAAGGAAAAAGUUGACGCUAUCUUAGAGUUGGAACCCCCUAAAAAUGUUCCUACCUUACAAACUUUCCUAGGGAUGAUGACUUAUUUCUCUAGCUAUAUUCCCUUCUACUCAUGGAUUGUAGCGCCUUUGUUCAAGCUUCUCAAGAAAGGAACAGCUUGGUCUUGGGAGGAAAAGGAACAACAAGCAUUUGAACUUGCUAAAGAGGCCCUUGCAUCUGCUCCAGUAAUGGCUUAUCCUAUUAUUGGAAAACCUUACAGGUUAUAUACAGAUGCAUGCGACUAUGGCCUUGGAGGAAUAUUACAGCAAGUCCAAUCAAUCAAGAUAAAAGACCUAAAAGGGACAAAGGCAUACAAGUACUUAAGGGGGGAAUAUGAUAAAGGAAACCCAGUUCCCAGAAUGACAAUUCCUGCUUCCAAGCAGAGAGACAACGUGACUGGGGGGGAUACAUGGGAUAAGCAAGACUUUGAAGAAACAACUGUACAAGUGGAGCAAGUCAUUGCUUAUUGGUCAAGGAUUCUAAAAGAAGCAGAAAGAAACUACUCCCCAACAGAGCGCAAAGCAUUAGCCCUCAAGGAAGCACUUGUGAAAUUUCAGGUAUACUUGGAAGGAGCUGAAUUUGUUGCUAUCACAGAUCAUGCCGCUCUCACCUGGAGCAAGACUUACAAUAAUGUCAACAGAAGACUCAUGACAUGGGGCUUAGUAUUCUCAGCCUACCCAGGAACGCAGAUUGUGCACCGCGCAGGAAGAGUACAUGACAAUGCAGAUCCUAUCUCAAGACUUAGGAGGAGAACCCCAUAUCAUACCAGCCCUCUGGCAGAUCAAUCGACUCCACUCAAGCUCAAUAUGGAGGAAGACCCAUUAAGAAACCUCUACAAGGAGAUAAAUGAACGUUUUGAAGAGAAACUUCUUAGAGUUGCAAGCGCAUUCACCCAAAGUUACAAAAUUGGAAAUAGCCAGAAGCCCAUCAAGAAGUGGAUACCCACACCGGCAGAAGCUAUAUCUUAUCAAACAACUACCUCAUACUCUGUGGAAAUAUCAAUAAACUCAGAAUAA